UCACGCUGAUCGUGCGGCAAUGCCAACCAUUUAAGUUCGCGCCCCCGCGGGCCUGCAAAAACGUUGUUCAGACUUCCUGACCUCUUUCUUUUUUCUUCUGUCAAAAUACCCCCUCUCUUUGUCAAUCGACGAUUUUGGACAGCAUCUGGGUUUUCCAUUCUUUCAUUUGCCUGUUCCUUCCUCUUCCUUUGUCGACUGGUUUCGAAUCGCGGCAACCUAAACCCAUUCCCCUCACGUGCUCGGUUUCCCUACCCAGCGGCCAGCUUGUUAGAUGAUCGGAUAUCAAACGUGAUCUCAACAACAUACACUCGCUGGACAGAGCUUUGAUCUUGUCAUCAUUUUCAUCAUUUUGGUUUUUGUAGUAUUGUGCUUGGUGGUAAAGUCAUUAGGAUGGACCGCCUUCCGAACAAGCUGCUUUUCUCUAAGCAGCGCCUGAGGCCACGGGUCGUGCUUUCAUAUAUCGCUGACUACCUUAUUCUCGUCGCCUGUAUCGCAGGGUUCUAUGCUCUCGACUCCAUUGAACCCUACCACCAACACUUCUCGCUGCGAAAUAUUUCCAUCCAGUAUCCUUAUGCUGUUCACGAGCGCAUCACGAUACAGGAAGCUCUUUGUAUCUCCGGAGUAGCGCCCUUGGUCAUCAUCGUCAUCUAUACCCUCUUCAUCGAUGGGCUCUUCUCUCACAACAAACCGCAGGAUCCGGUAUCCGGAAAACGGAAAUUGUCGGGCCCGUAUCGGUGGAAGGACCGAUUAUGGGAGCUCAAUUGUGGUAUUUUGGGACUUUUGCUCUCUCAGGGCCUGACGUUCGUCAUUACGCAAGCAUUGAAGAACGCCUGCGGCAAGCCUCGACCCGAUUUCAUUGAUCGAUGCCAGCCUCGCGCCGGAAGCCAGGAUGCCAUACCGGGCUUGUCUAACUCUACUAUCUGUACUGGUGAGCAUGCGCUAAUCAAAGACGGGUUCCGUUCAUGGCCAUCAGGCCACAGUAGCUCGUCCUUUGCCGGAUUGUUCUAUCUGACGCUCUGGAUGAGCGGCAAGCUGCACAUCAUGGACAACAAAGGGGAGGUCUGGAAAGCACUAUUGGUUAUGACCCCCAGCCUUGGAGCUACCCUUGUUGCGGUGAGUCGGAUCAUGGAUGCGAGACAUCACCCUUUCGACGUCAUCACGGGAUCGCUUCUUGGAAUCAUUUGUGCCGUCAUUUCGUAUCACCAGUAUUUCCCGCCUCUCUCGCAACCGUGGAAGAAGGGGCGUGCACACCCCAUCCGGAGCUGGGGCACGGAACCGCUACCUCCAUCCAACCCAUUGAACCAGAUGAGGUUUGAAGACAGCACUGUAGCGCUUCGUCACCCGACCGAAGACAGUCAAUCGAAGGCCCUGGUCGAUGAACACAACGGCGCGACGUAUCUCCCAGCGUCCAAUCCCUACGCAACGAACAGGUACACUCGUCGAUCACAGGACGAAGAUGGGAAUUGGUCCUCGUCCAGCGAAGACGUUCACGCGGACGGUUAUGAGAUGCAGUCCGGGUACACUCGAGCACGGAAUCCAGGGCUGGGCGGAUCUCUCCCACAAUACGAGGUUGACACGACGUAUGGCUCGCAACGGCCACCCGAGGCCACAGCUCUGCAUGCACCUACGCGAGUGAUGACCGCUCAACUCGAUCGUGGCCGGGAUCUGACUGAGAUGCAUGCGCGGGAAGUAUGAGACCGCAGGCGGGUUACUCCGGUCGCAUCUACAUGAGGGGAGUGUGUUCAAUUUGUUGCCAUUUCUAGAACAUAUACCAGUUCACUUGCAUGUAAAAUCUUGGGCUAUGACUGUGAUGAUUAUCUUUGAUUAUUUUUCUUUUUUUUCUCGGAUGGGUGGGGGGCACUGUGACGAGUGGUGGUGACAUGCCAAUGUAUUGACCAGGCGGGAAAAGAGCAAUUUCGGGGUAUCUUUCAUCAGCAAACGAACCGGUCAAUAAACGGCAGGCUGUCUUGAAGGUUUGAUGGAGUGGAUUGGCGAUGAAACCGCAGGCGGGAUCAUAGUUUUGGCAGGGUGUACUGUACUGUACAUACAACGUGUACAAUAUGUUCACUAUGUUGACGCUUGGUGUUCCUG